GAACACCAUAGGUACCAUCCUCUUGUCCUUUCUUCCUACACCAUGUGGAAGGGCAGGCAGGCUCUGAAAUGUCUUAUUUCAGUUCUUCUUGCCUGCCUGACUUCUGCUUCCUCACUCUAUGGACAACCUAAGUAUAUGGCAUUGGUUCCUACCCGGCUCUACACUGAGACCCCUGAAAAAAUCUGCUUCCAUCUAUACGACCUGAAUGAGACAGUGACUGUCAGAGCCUCUUUGCAGUUUCGCUCAGGAAGCAGAAGUCUGUUCAAUGAGCUUGUGGUUGACAAGGACUUGUUCCACUGUGUCUCCUUCACUCUCCCCAGAGUCUCAUCUUCCUAUGAGAGGGGGUACCUGUCUGUCCACAUCAAAGGACCAAAACACGAAUUCAGCAAGAAGAAUAUGAUGUUGGUGUGGAACAAAGUGAAUGCCGUCUUUGUCCAAACAGACAAACCCGUGUACAAACCAGGACAAACAGUCAAAUUCCGGGUUGUCUCUAUGGAUAUAAAUCUGCACCCUCUGAGUGAGUUGUUUCCUCUGGUUUACAUUGAGGAUCCAAAAGGGAACCGCAUUAUGCAGUGGAGGGAUGUUACCACGGAGACCGGGCUUAAGCAGCUGUCCUUCAGCCUAUCCUCAGAGCCCAUUCUGGGGUCCUACAAGAUAGUGAUACUAAAGCAAUCAGGAGAUAAGAAAGAACACUCCUUCACCGUGGAGGAAUUCGUGCUUCCCAGAUUUGAAGUUCAAGUAAAGGUCCCAAAGGCCAUCUCGAUACAAGAUGAAAAGCUCAAUGUGACCGUGUGCGGGAUGUAUACCUAUGGGAAGCCUGUGCCAGGACAUGCAAAGAUACAGAUAUGUUAUAAAUAUAAGGAGCAUAUCAAGAAUAAAGAGACUGGAUGCAAAGAAGUCAGGAGCCGGCUAGACAGCAAUGGCUGCACCACACAAGAAGGAAACAUCAGCGUGUUUGAAUUAAAGCAAAGGUAUUAUAGAGUCCAGCAUCUUCAAGUGGACGCGAAGGUUAUAGAAGAAGGGACAGGAUUUGAGUUCACUGGAUCUAGGAGAACUGAAAUUGAAAGAACAACAACCAAACUCUUAUUCGUGAAAGCAGACUCACACUUUAAAUACGGGAUUCCAUUCCUUGUGAAAGUCCGUCUAGUGGAUCCCAAUGGAGCCCCCAUCCCAAAUGAGCAAGUCUUCAUCAAACCGCGGGAACUUGGCUACACCAAUGUUACUACCACGGAUCAGCAUGGCCUGGCAGAGUUCUCCAUCAACAUCACCAACGUUGACAUACAUUCCCUCGCUAUCAAAGUCUACCACAGGGAGGAAAGUCCUUGUCGUUUUUUCCCGUGCGCAGCAGUCGAAUACGCAGAGGCGCACCACAUAGCGCACAGUGUCUACUCCUACAGCUGGAGCUACGUCCACCUGGAGACAGAGGCGGGCGGCGUCUUGCCCUGCAGUCAGACUAAGACAAUCCGGGCACAUUUCAUUCUGAAGGGGCCAGUCUUGAGAGUGCUGAGAGAACUCACUUUUUAUUACCUGGUCAUGGCCAAGGGCAGAAUUAUCCAGACUGGAAAGCACACACACCACACGGAGCCAGGAGAAUGCCUCACGUGGACGUCAGGAAGACAUGGCACAUCAAAUUGUGCUCCAGUGAAAGGGAACUUUGCCCUGGAGAUCCCUGUGGAGUUGAGCAUGGCGCCCGUGGCUAAGAUACUCAUCUAUGCCAUCUUGCCUGAUGGAGAAAUGAUUGCAGAUUCUGCAAACUUUGACAUUGAAAAGUGUCUUCUCAACAAAGUGGACCUGAGCUUCACUCCAGCCCAAAGUCUUCCCGCCUCACACGCCCAUCUGCAGGUCACAGCUUCUCCUCAGUCCCUCUGUGGCCUGAGAGCCGUGGACCAAAGCGUGCUGCUCCUGAGGCCUGAAGCUGAGCUCUCCCCUUCCUUGAUAUACAGUCUGCCAGAGAUGAAGUUAAUCAACCGCCCUCAAACUUUGGAUCAGCUACUCGAUGAACCGUGUGUGUGGGCUGGAGGUGAUAAGGUUAAUCAGAGCAUCGAAUACUUAAACAGACAGGAGAAGGGUGUCUACAAAUUCGUGGAGGACAUAGGCUUAAAGGCGUUCACCAACUUGAAGAUCAAACCUCGUACAUUAUGUUUUGAGCAUAAACAUUCUCAUCUGUUGGCAGCAGUGCCUCUUGCCAUGUAUAAGAGUGUGGCUGUCCCAAGAGAACCCAAGCAUAAGGCAAAACUUAAAAAUCCACCUCGUGAGGAUCCACCUCGCAAAGAUCCACCUCGUGAAGAUCCACUUACCGAGACCAUUCGAAAAUACUUUCCUGAAACCUGGAUCUGGGAUUUAGUCACAGUAAACUCAUCAGGAGUAGCUGACCUGGAAGUGACUGUCCCUGACACCAUCACUGAGUGGAAGGCCGGAGCCCUCUGCCUGUCCAGUGACACUGGACUUGGCCUCUCUCCUGUGGUGUCUUUCCAAGCCUUCCAGCCCUUCUUCGUGGAGCUCACGAUGCCCUACUCUGUGGUCCGUGGAGAAGCCUUCACGCUCAAGGCCACCGUGCUGAACUACCUCCAAAAGUGCAUCCGGGUGGGUGUGCUGCUGGAAGACUCCCCCGAUUUUACAGCUGUCCCAGUGGCAAAAGACCAAGAUUCUCACUGCCUCUGUGCCAAUGGGAGGCACACCACUUCCUGGUUGGUAACUCCCAAAUCAUUAGGGAAUGUGAACUUCUCCGUGACUGCGGAAGCGCGACAGUCCCCAGAGCCUUGUGGUUCCGAGGUGGCCACAGUUCCUGAAACUGGGAGAAAGGACACGGUUGUCAAAGUCUUAAUAGUUGAGCCCGAAGGAAUUAAGAAAGAACAUACCUUCAGUUCACUGCUCUGUGCAUCAGAUGCUGGGAUAUCUGAAAAAGUGUCUCUGGUGCUCCCACCAGCGGUAGUGAACGACUCAGCCAGAGCACACUUCUCCGUGCUGGGUGAUAUCUUAAGUUCAGCCAUAAGAAACACACAGAAUCUCCUCCGCAUGCCCUUUGGCUGUGGGGAGCAGAACAUGGCCCUUUUUGCUCCUAACAUCUACGUACUGAAAUAUCUGAAUGAGACCCAACAGCUGACUGAGAAGAUCAAAUCAGAGGCCAUUGAGUACCUCAGUGCUGGCUAUCAGAGGCAGCUGAACUACAAAAACAAAGACGGCUCCUACAGUGCCUUUUGGGAUCAAGGUGGCCAAGGAAACACUUGGCUCACAGCCUUCGUGCUCAAGUCUUUCACCCAGGCUCGAGCCUUCAUCUUCAUCGAUGAAACACACAUCACCCAUGCCUUCACCUGGCUCUCCAAGCAACAGCAGGACAAUGGCUGUUUCAGGAGCUCCGGGUCGCUGUUCAACAAUGCCAUGAAGGGCGGAGUAGAAGAUGAAGUGACCCUCUCUGCCUAUAUAACCAUUGCUCUUCUGGAGAGUUCACUCAAAGACACGCGUCCUGUUGUCUCCAAAGCCAUGACCUGCCUGGAGACAGCCUGGAAGACAAUAGAGCAAGGGGGAAAUGGCAGCUUCGUGUACAUCAAGGCACUCCUGGCCUAUGCUUUUGCUCUGGCAGGGAGCCAGGAUAAGAGAAAUGAAAUCCUGAAAUCACUUGAUAAUGAAGCUAUAAAAGAAGACAACUCCAUCCAUUGGGAAAGACCUCAGAAACCCAGAAAGUCAAAGAGCUAUCUGUACGAGCCGCAGGCUCCCUCUGCUGAAGUGGAGAUGAACGCCUACGUCCUCCUCACUCUCCUCACUGCCCAGCCAGCCCCAAGCCCUGAGGACCUGACUUUGGCAACGCUCAUUGUGAGGUGGCUCACAAAGCAGCAGAAUUCCCAUGGCGGCUUCUCUUCCACACAGGACACCGUGGUGGCUCUCCAUGCUUUGUCCAUGUACGGAGCAGCGACUUUUACCAGAAGUCAGAAAACUCCUUUGGUGACCAUCCAGUCUUCAGGGACAUUUUCCAGAAAGUUCCAAGUAAAGAACAGUAACCGCCUGUUACUGCAGCAAGUCUCACUACCAGACAUCCCUGGGAACUAUGACAUCAACGUAUCAGGGGAAGGAUGUGUGCACACUCAGACAACGCUGAAAUACAACGUGCACUUGGAGAAACAGGAGUCUGCAUUCGCUCUGCGGGUACAGACAGUACCUCUGACCUGUGAUAACCCCAAAGGCCACAACAGCUUCCAGAUCUCACUAGAAAUCAGUUACACAGGGAGCCGCCCAGCCUCCAACAUGGUGAUUGUUGAUGUGAAGAUGGUAUCUGGUUUCAUUCCAUUGAAAGCAACAGUGAAAAAGCUUGAAAGAUCAGAGCACGUGAGCAGAACAGAAGUGAGCACCAGCAAUGCCUUGAUCUAUGUGGAUCAGGUGACCAAUCAGACACUGACCUUCUCCUUCGUCAUUCAACAAGACAUCCCAGUAAUGAACCUGCAGCCUGCCAUUGUCAAAGUCUACGACUACUAUGAGACAGAUGAAAUGGCUUUCGCUGAAUACAGCGCCCCCUGCAGCUCAGAGAAACAAAAUUAUUGAAAUUCAUAUCUGUGGGCAAGACGUUGAAGUCCCCAAACCCAGGAAUCUUUAAGAUGGUGAUUUUUGUUUGUCUUUGUAAUAUAAAAACUGAACAAGCGUGAUAAAUAAAUGCACACUUACAGAGA